CUCACUUCUAGGUGACUUGUUACAAUUGAAAUUUUCUGUAAUGUAGAUCAAGCCUAACUAAGUGAGCCAUGGUUUGCUGCGUUUUUCUUUUUUUUAGUUAUAAGGUUGUUCAACAUGAGGGAUGGUGUCAUAUCUUCUCAACUAUUAGAUACUCCAUAUUGACAAAGUUUCGCCCCUGCUCCUAAGCCAGCUGAUCCUGGUUUUUAAGACCUGCUGGAUGGCUGCUGUGUAUUCUCAUCCUGUUUCUUGUCUAGCAUGGCUGUGGAAUUUCCUUUAGUCCUCUAUGACUGUAAGUUUGAAAAGAUUAAGUGGAUCUAUGACCGGGAAGUUCAGGAGUUCAAUGUUACCCACCUUCAGCAACUAUGGGCUAAUCAUGCUGUGAAGACUCAGAUAUUGUACAGUAUGCUACAAGGCCUGGACUCUGUUGCACUGCCCUGUGGAACAGGACCAAAGAUGGAUGGAAUGAUAGAAUGGAGAAAUGUUAAGCCCUCUGUCAUGAAGCAGACCAGUGCCUUUGUAGAAGGAGUGAAAAUGCGCACUUAUAAGCCCCUAAUGGAUCGUCCUAAAUGCCAAGGAUUAGAAUCCCGGAUCCAGCAUUUUGUACGUAGGGGACGCAUUGAACACCCACAUUUAUCCCAUGAGGAAGAAACAAAAGCCAAGAGGGACUGUAGUGACACACGAGAGGAAGAAAAUACUGUUUUUGAGAAACCAACGAAGAGAAUUUGUGUUGAUGCAGAACUUAAAAGCAUCAUUUAACCAUAGAAAACUCACCAAGAUCUAGGAGGCAACAAAGCACCAUUAGCCUAAAGAAGUUUUUUUUUGAAAAUUGACCUGUUUUUAUUUUUCAAAACCAAAAUACAAGACAACAUUUUUUUUUUCCAUCUACAAUUCAGUUAUUUCCAAAUAUUGUAAGACCAAACAGAAUCCCGGGCCCUGAGCAGGAAAUUAAAAUGAGAUGCUGAAGUCACACAAAGGUGAAUGCUGAAGACUGACAUUCCAGCUGUAGGCCACAAGUCUUCCAUUCAAACACACUCUUAAUUCUUUUCCUUUCACAGUUUGUUAGUGUUUUACAGGAAGUUCUUUAAAAUAAUUUCAUCUCAAAUACUAGGUUUCUUCAAUGAUACACAGCUCCAUGAAAUCUGUGUCUCCAUCUGAUUGACAGGAAUAAAAAGCAAUUUUUGUCUUUUUUGGAAUCAGCCAGAUUCUUUAAUAAAUCAGGAAAGGAGAGAGAAGAUCUGGGUUGUGCUGGGUGCUGUUUCUACUUGUCUUUCAAGAAUGUGACUUUAGAAGCAUUAAAUCACAGUCUUGCCACUACAAUGAUUAGUACUAGUAAUCUUUUUUUUAGAUGAUAAAAAGGAAAACAUCCAAUGGACAUAAAAAAGGUCAAAAACUG